AUGUCCACCCGCAAGAGGAAGCAAGACGAGGAGGAGGAGCUCGUUUCUCUCCCCGAUGACGACGGUGAAGAGGAAGAGGAGUACCAGUCUGAGGAAGACGAGGAAGUUGAUGAUGAUGACGGAGAGGAGGAGGAAGAGGAGGAGUACGACGAGGCUGACGCCGAAGACGACGCGGAGGCCAACGGUGUAGCAGCAGACAAAGCUCCCCCCUCGAAGAAGCGGAAGACCGAAACAGCCGAUGCCGAUGAGGCGGCCGCUGCUGACGAGGAAGAGGAGGCAGAGGAUGAGCCUGAGGGCGAAGACGACGCCGAGGAAGAGGCUGAGGGCGAGGGCGACGAAGAGGAGGAGGCGGCCAACGGCGUGGAGGACGCUCCUGCCAAGGGCGACGUCAAGGCCGCCGACGCACCUGCUGCCACCAACGGCGAUGCGGCCGCUGCCGUCGCUGCUGGCGGCGAUACCGAGGACUAA